ACACUGGCAAUGUGAUUCGAAGACGGAUAGUCACAAACUCAAGUAACAACUCUCUCGUGUUUGACUCUCGACAAAGCCGUACAUUUUGGAGCAACUAAUACACGUCAAUUAAUACAUAAGUGAUCAAAUAAUUGUGACAUCUUAAUUUCAUUCGCCGGUGAUUUGCAAAAGGAAAGCCAACGAGGAUGAGCCAUGCGAAGAUACAAGAAGAUUACUAUGAACAUAAUAAGCUCCGUCGUAGAAAGCUAAGAAAGAACAGUUCAUUAUUAAAUAAAAUGGUGGGAUUGGGCAGUGACGAGCUAUUCAUUUCGAAUCUCGACGAUAUCAACAACAUGGAAUUGGAAAUCAGCUCCGAGGACGAGAGCGAUGACAAUGAGAAAGGCGAUAUACAGCGGCUGAUACCGUCGUCGGUGAACGACAACAUCAUCUACAGCAGUGGAAAAAAGGAUAGUCAAAGGAGCGAAAGCGCAGACGACGAAAGCGUCUGGUCUAUAUCCAUCCAAAUGUUCAUACCCUUACUCGCCGGCUUCGGUAUGGUUGCCGCUAGUUUACUACUAGAUGUGGUGCAGCAUUGGCCAGUCUAUCAGAUGGUAUCCGAGGUGUACAUAUUAGUUCCUGCACUAUUGGGCCUAAAAGGAAAUCUCGAAAUGACAUUGGCAUCCAGAUUGUCAACUCAGGCUAAUCUAGGGCAAAUGGAUACAAAGAAACAGCAAUGGACAUUAAUUGUCGGAAAUUUGGCUUUAAUCCAGUGUCAAGCUAUGGUGGUAGGUCUUCUGGCGUCCUUAGCUGCUGUGAUUCUCGGCUGGGUCCCAGAAGCUCAUUUCGAUAUUCACCAUGGACUUUUACUGUGCGCCAGUGCCUUGGUCACUGCUUCUGUAGCCAGUUUCUUGCUAGGCCUUGUGAUGGUCGCAGUCAUAUUAUUGUCGCGACAAAUGAAUAUCAAUCCAGACAAUGUGGCUACUCCGAUUGCGGCCUCCUUAGGAGAUCUAACUACUUUAGCUCUUUUAUCCUGGAUCGCUUCUUUAUUAUACAAUGCAAUAGGUUAUGCUCCCUGGAUAGCUCCAGUGCUAAUAGCAUUUUGCGUAUUCGUGACUCCUGUGUGGGGUUAUAUAGCAGCCAGAAAUCCAUUUACUAAAGAAGUAUUGGAUUACGGCUGGACGCCUGUGAUAUCCGCGAUGUUAAUAAGCAGUCUCGGUGGACUGAUCUUGGAUUACACCAUAUCAAGUUAUAAAGGUAUAGCGGUUUUUCAAUUAGUAAUUAAUGGCGUUGGAGGAAACUUGGUCGCCGUUCAGGCCAGUAGAAUAUCGACGUCUCUGCACAAAGACUGUCACACGGGUGUUCAAGGAACUCUCAAUGUUUGCAUUAGUCCAUUCCACGCAUUUUUUUCGAAAGGUGGACACGCGAGAACAGCUAGGGUAUUAUUAAUGAUGGUCAUACCAGGGCACUUGAUCUUUAGUUAUACCAUUAGUUACCUUCAGGCCGGACAUACCUCAUUCACGCCUAUAUUUAUUACAAUAUAUUUAAUCGCUGCAAUGUUGCAGGUAAUAUUGUUGUUGUAUAUCGCGCAAUUGAUGGUGGUUUGGAUGUGGACGAGAGGUAUGGACCCGGAUAGUUCUGCGAUACCAUAUCUAACGGCGAUUGGCGAUCUUAUAGGAACUGCGCUUCUCGGAAUUGCUUUCCAUAUCCUUUAUGCCAUAGGCGACGGCGAUUCCGACGUAGGAGAUUGAUCGGUCCAAAAAUCUGUACAUUAUUCUGAAAGAAAUAUCCUUCCUUGUGUUACAGGUAUAAUCUUCGAAACUAUUCUUCGAAAAACUACAAUGGCAAGUUUGAUUUGAAUUCGCAGAGUUUGCGACACGCGGCGUCAACUGUGAUUCAAGAUUAUCAAAGGCACUUUUAUUACUGUGAGUUUUGCUUUUUUGAAACAAAAUAUGUUUUAUUCUCGAAACAAACCAUUUGGCAUCUCUUUUUGUGAAGAGUAUGUUAAGAGUACAAACUAAAUUAAGCAUAUAUUUAGUAAAGUACUAGAAAAGUAUGCGAAAAAAAGUAUAGUAUUUGGCAAUAUUUUAUCGAUAAUUGUGUUAUUUUUGCACAAUAACAAAAAUAACAAUUAUAAGAAAUUAAUAAUAAAAAUUACGUUAUGAUGAGUUGUAAAUAAGUGCACAUAUAUUACUGUUUUAUGUUAUAUUUUGUUCGAGGAUAAAAUGCCAUAAUGAAUCAUUUUUUUAAUUAUUUCAAUCAAAAGAAUUAUACAUAAUAUUGAGCUAUAAUAAGUUGAUUUAAUUAUAAAAUAUGAAGUACACAGUGAAUGUGCACAAUAAUAUUAACAACUACAUGUACACUUAAAAAUAUAGAAAAAUUUCGUACUAUUUUUAUAAUUUGUACGAAAUCGUAUUUAUCUUCCGUCAUGACAUUUGACAUAAUAUUGAAAUGAAUGGAGGAUAUACUGAUACUUAAAACUUUUGAUAAAUCUUUUUAAUGCUCGCCGCA